UUCCCCGCAUUCCUCUAUAUACAACCGGUGCUACAGCCUUUGUGCCCCCCUCCCUCGUUGCUCUUUUCCUGGGAGAACCCCCUGCACACCUGGGCUGGGCGCACAGCUCCCCUGCCCAACGCCCCACCGCUGCCAUUCCUGCCACACCUGGUGUCGGGUUCACCAUCUCUUCAUUCCCUACGGCAAGUACCUCCGACCUUUCAUACAUCUGUAUGGGAAUCCAAAACCACUUCACUGCCAAAAGCCACACAUCUGGCUGCUGUCCUUCCCCUACCCCGCCCAAUGCAAGUAGCAACAGCAGGACCAGAGCAGGUUUUUAAUCCACUAAGAUUCUCCACAGAAAAUUUAAUUCACCAUCACCCAUACGCUUUUCUUCCUUUUGCUGCUGGACCAAGAGCAAGGCCAGAUAAGCUGAAAUUGUUCACUGCCUGUUCCCAACACUGAAGCAAGUCAGCUUGGCGAUGGAGAAUCUACCAAAUGCCAUGUGGUUCUGGCUACCUGGACAUUUCUCUCAGCAUCUUCAUCUGGCCCUUGCCUUGAUCCUUAUCUCUGUUGCUCUGAAAGCCUUUCAGCUGUUUCAGACAAGGCGAAAACUGCUCAAAGGAUUUCGGAAUUUCCCAGGACCACCAUAUCACUGGCUAUAUGGCCAUAUUCAGAUGUUGAAACCUGGAGAAGAACUAAGAAACAUAAGAAAAUGGACAGACGAAUUUCCACAGUGUUUCCCUGUGUGGUAUGGAAGAUGGCCUGUCUUGUGCAUCAACCACCCUGAAUACGCCAAGGCCGUGUACAGCAGAAAUGAUCCAAAAUGCCUCAUAGCUUACAACUUACUGGUUCCAUGGAUUGGAAGGGGCUUGCUAAUCCUGAAUGGGCCAAAGUGGCAGCAGCACCGCAAGUUGCUCACUCCAGGAUUCCAUUAUGAGAUUCUGAAGUCUUAUGUAACCCCCAUUGCAGAGUCGGUCAAAGUGAUGCUGGAUAACUUGGAAAAGCUGGUCCAAGAAGACUCAGAAGUAUCAGUGGAGAUGUUUGAACAUGUCAGCUUGAUGACGCUGGACAUCAUCAUGAAAUGUGCCUUCAGUUUCCAGAGCAACUGCCAGGUGAAUAGGGAUAGUUCUUAUGUUAAAACCAUCUCUGAUCUCACCUUUCUGGUUAAUGAAAGAACAAAGGUACCUCUGCACUACAUUGAUCUCAUUUAUUGGUUCAGUUCUCCAGGACGUCAGUUCCGCAAGGCCUGUAGAUUAGCCCACCUCCAAACAGGCAAAAUAAUUCAGGAGAGACAAGAGGCUCUCAGGAAUGAACAAGAACUUGAGAAAUACAAGAAAAAAAGGCACCUGGAUUUUCUAGAUAUUCUUCUUUGUGCAAAGGAUAAGAAAGGAAAUCCAUUGUCUCAAGAAGACCUUCGUGCUGAGGUGGACACAUUCAUGUUUGCAGGUCAUGAUACCACAGCCAGUGGGAUUUCUUGGCUGUUUUACUGUAUGGCCCAGAAUCCUGAACACCAGCAAAGAUGCAGAGAAGAGAUAAUGGAACUCACUGGGGACCAAGGAACUAUUCAAUGGGAUGACUUGGGGAAAAUGGCAUAUACAACUAUGUGUAUUAAAGAGAGCCUUCGACUUUACCCUCCAGCAUCUGUAGUAGUUCGGGUACUGGGUUCACAUCUGACAUUUCAUGAUGGACGAACUCUACCAGAAGGUUCUUUUAUUGGACUGAAUGUAUUUGGACUCCACAGAAACCCUGAAGUAUGGGAUAAUCCUGAGGUCUUUGACCCCACGAGAUUUUCCCCAGAGAAUGCAAGCCUGCGCCACCCCUAUGCUUACCUGCCUUUUUCUGCCGGACCAAGGAACUGCAUCGGACAGCAGUUUGCCAUGACUGAGAUGAAAGUGGCUCUUGCCUUGACUUUGCUCCGGUUUGAACUGAAACCGGACCCAGAAAAGCCUUCCAUCCCUGUGGUGCAGAUUGUGACACAAUCCAAGAGUGGGAAUACAAGAAUACCAAGGUGUCUUCUAACAUCCAAGGACUGUAAUUAUCUAGAAGGCAGGAUGAAGAAUAUAGACUGAGUUGAAAACCAAAUUACCCAACAUAGGAUCAGUGUUACAGCACAUUUUGAGAAUUGCUGCAUGGUGACAAGAGAAAGUUAGUGGGAUGAUUCUUAUGUUAAAAUCAUCUUUGAACAUACCUUUCUGGUUAAUAAUAGAACUAUGGUUCCUCUGUGCUACACUGAUCUUACCGGCUUCGUUCUCCAUGAAAUCAGUUCCACAAGGCUUUUAGAUUAACUCAUCUCUACACAGAAUGACUCCUAGAGGGAUGGAUUCUGCUGCAUUUUGUCAACUCUAUUUCCAGCCCAACAUUUCCCGAGAAGGUUUGUCUACUUUCUGCUUAGGUAUUCAGAGAGAGAAGGGGUUUUUUUGUGUGUGUGUGCUUUACUCUCUUUCAUAAUGCAGAUCGAAUAAUUAGGGAGAGGCAAGAGGUCCUCAAGGAUGAGCAAGGGCUUGAAAAGAUCCAGAAGAAGAGACACCUGGACUUUUUUGAUAUUCUUCUUUGUGCAAAGGUCAGGGAUGUAACCCACUUCACAAGAAUCAAUGGCCCUCAAAAUUAAGCACAUGCAAAUGCCAUCAAGAAGCUGUUCUACAAUACCAUGAUAGUAUGCGUAGCUGUUAAGCUUGUAUUUUGCAUAUUAAAGGCUUUAGUGCAGUGGGUCUUAAUUUUAUUUUAAUUCUGUAUGCAUCCUCUGUGUCUGAAUUGAAUAAUUCCUUGUCUUCAAAAUAAGACAAAGAAGAAACCCACAGAAACAUUACAGGAAAUUGUUAGUGGAACAAUAGAGGACAACCAAUAAAAGAAAAAUAGAGCUUGGUACCAAUCUUAUGUAGGCACAGUAAAAUACUCCUUUAAUAUUGCAUUCUGGUGCUACCAUAUUGCUUCAAGUGGCAUCCAGUUCUUGGUUUAAAAGUUUGUGUUUGCUUUUGGAUUCACCUUCCGACUGACAGCGUCCUUUCCUUAGGAAGAGAACGGAAUCCAUUGUCUGAGGAAGACCUUUGUGCUGAGGUGGACACGGUCAUGUUCAGAGGUCAUUAUACCACAGCCAAUGGAAUUUCUUGGCUGUUCUAUUUUAUGGCCCAAAAUCCUGAACCCCAGCAGAGAUGCAAGGAAGAGAUAAUAGAACUCUUUGGAGAUGAGGUUAAAACUCAUUUAGAAAAAUUUGGAGAGAUGAUGGGCUUACAGGUUAAUUGGGAUAAAUUGGAAAUUAUGUUUCAUUGCAAUGAUGAAGAGAAGGAAGGAAUUAGAAGUAAAUUUCAAAUUAAGGUAUGUAAAAUUAUUAAAUAUUUAGGUAUAAAGCAAUGUUUAAAAAAUAAUAUCUAUGAUAUAGUGAAAUGUGAAAUAAAAGAGAAAAUGCAUGAAUUUAAGAAAAUAG